CUGUCUGGGAGCAGAUCCAUUUUAGAUAAACAGAUUAGGCUACAAUCAGGAGUUGAGUUUUAGAUUGAGAUUGAUCCAUUCACCUGUUUGUUGACUAAUCUUUUAGAAUAUUUUUCUCUCAAUACUUUUUUUCCUAGUCAGUCUUCUCAUUAGUUGAUUUUUUCAUCUGUUUACCUUUCCACCAGUCUAGACUUCUUGUGUUAAGUUGGCUUUCAAUAUACUUUUAAAAAUAUUUCUUUACUCUAUAUAAAAAGAUAAGUCUAAGUAGUUCUCUCUUGUCUCUCACCACCUGUCUCUUCUGAGAUGGAUAAACUGCCAAGGGUGAACCUAACGGCUGCUAACAGCUCUACUGUGGACCGGCUUUAUCCUUCCUUCAUCGAGCAUGGCUCCUACCAGCACCUGUGUGUCCUCGUGCCUGUCAUCCUGGGGGUGAUCUGUGUCCUUGGGCUUGCCAGUACCCUCACAGCCAUGGGCAUCCUGAUCUCCAACGCCCACCGUGGGAAACUAUCCCUUAUCAACGCUCUCAUCCUCAACCUGAUGUUUGCCGACGGCCUUGUACUGGCAUUCGCCCUCCCGUUCCGUGCCGCCGCCUUCUCCAAACCCACCUGGACGCUUGGUUGGACAGUGUGCAAGACCUGUGAUUGGUUCCUGCAGAGCUGCAUGGCUGCGAAGAGUUUUACCGUAGCGGUGUUGGCUAAGGCUUGUUACCGUUACGUCUCUAACCCGACUAAACAGGUCAGCAUCCGUCUACGCUCCAUCCUAUUGGUGAUGUGGUUCCUCUGGCUGUCUGCCUGCUCCGCUCCCAUCCCUACCUGGCUGUUCUCUUCACUGCAGAGAGACACCCGGGGGCUGGUGUGUGUGCAGGUGGUUCCCUCCGAAGCGCAGGACUUCAUGUCGGUCUACGUCAAGGCGUACCCCCUGGGUGUAUUCUGCGCCCCUUUGAGUUUUGCCCUGCUGUAUUUCUGGCGGAUGUAUGGGCAGUGCCAGCGGCGCUGUAGUAAGACCCAGAACCUCCGAACGCAGAUCAGAUCCAGGAAGCUCACUCUGAUGCUAUUCAGUCUGACGGUAGCCAUGACAACGCUGUGGCUGCCGCAGUGGGUGGUCUGGGUGUGGGAGCGGCACGCCGCGGAGCGAGAGGCACAGGGACCGGGAGAGGGAGGACCCUUUGUCGUCUUCUCUCCCCCUCUCCUCCUCUCUCUCUCCGCCCUGCUCCUCACUUUCUUUCUCUCCCUGGUGAACCCCCUCAUUGUCCUCUCUCUGUCAGAGGAGUUCAGAGAGGGUUACAGAGGUCUGUGGAGGCGCCUUACUCUUCGUAAACACACCCUGUCCAACCCCAAACCUGGCCCCCAUGCACCCACUGCCCCCCAUUCCCCCUGCCCGCGACCGGAGACCUCAGGCCAGCCGAGGGGAGGAGAUGGAGGCCUAGGCUCCAUCCCUUGCCAGGGGACGACAGAUCAUCCCCAACCCCAGAUGGAGCAGGGCGGAGUGGGAGAGGCGGAGGAUGAGGCAGAGGGAGAGAGCCCUCGGGAUGGGAUCGUGCUGCUAGACGUGGAGCAGUUUUGGCAUGAGAGAGAGACAAACUCCAUGACAGAAGAGAAUGAUCCCAUACCCUGGGAGCACCAGGAGGGAGCACCAACCGAAGGGAGGAAGUGAAGGAAGGGAGGAGAAGAUAUACACACAGACGAACAGGACUGGUUCUAAGAGGCUACUCAAUACUCAGUUACAUCUGUUCUUGUCUUUGUGUAUCUGUCUAUCUUGUGUGGUUUUUGUGAACAAAUUGUGUUGCCCACCACAAGCAGUGAUUUUUAAGCAAAAGGUUGUUUGAGAGUAUUUGGAUACUGCCUCAACGAUGCCUGAUACACUAUUUAGCAUUGAGACCAGCCAGUAAGCCUCCCCUCUCUCUUCCUCUCAGUUAGCGCCACAGCGUUCAAACAACCUUCAAACAACACACACACUGACAGACUAUAUCAAAUGUCAGUCCGACUGUAACGGACUGAAGAUCAGUCAACAGAGGAAUCAGCACAGGAGACAACAUAGGAGACGAAACAGGAGACAAUACAGGAGACAACACAGGAGACAAUACAGGAGACAAUACAGGAGACAACACAGGAGACAAUACAGGAGACAACACAGGAGACAAUACAGGAGACAAUACAGGAGACAAUACAGGAGACAAUACAGGAGACAAUACAGGAGACAACACAGGAGACAAUACAGGAGACAAUACAGGAGACAACACAGGAGACAAUACAGGAGACAACACAGGAGACAAUACAGGAGACAAUACAGGAGACAAUACAGGAGACAACACAGGAGACAAUACAGGAGACAACACAGGAGACAAUACAGGAGACAAUACAGGAAGCAACACAGGAAGCAACACAGGAGACAACACAGGAGACAACACAGGAGACAAUACAGGAGACAAUACAGGAGACAACACAGGUGACAAUACAGGAAGCAACACAGGAAGCAACACAGGAGACAACACAGGUGACAAUACAGGAGACAACACAGGAAGCAACACAGGAAGCAACACAGGAAGCAACACAGGUGACAAUACAGGAGACAACACAGGAAGCAACACAGGAGACAAUACAGGAGACAAUACAGGAGACAACACAGGAAGCAACACAGGAGACAACACAGGAGACAAUACAGGAGACAACACAGGAGUCAAUGGUUGGUAUUCAUUCAACUGUGUCUAUGAUAUUGUUUGAUGGGAAUUACAUUGGUUUGUCAACUGUUUGAUUGGUUAUUGUUAUGGUGAAUAUACAUAAAGUGUUAUAUUUCACUGUAGAUGUGUGUGUGUAUAUAUAUAUAUAUACACACACACACAGAGUAUAUAUAUUGGAGGUAUUCUACUUAUCCUUGAAGUAAUGACCAACAGUAAUGUCUGUUGUAAAUACCAACAAGAGUUACAAAAUAUAAACUGUACAUAAGUUUGAAAUGAUUUGAUACAACAACAAAGCAGAAUAAAUAGCCUUUAGAAAUCAGUAAGAGCA